AUGGCUCAUAGGAAACUACAACAGGAGGUCGAUAGGGUCUUUAAAAAGAUCAAUGAGGGUCUAGAAAUCUUCAAUAGCUAUUAUGAAAGACAUGAAUCUUGUACGAAUAACCCCUCCCAAAAGGACAAGCUAGAGUCUGAUUUGAAAAGAGAGGUCAAGAAACUGCAAAGGCUCAGGGAACAGAUCAAAUCGUGGCAAAGCUCACCAGAUAUUAAGGACAAAGAUUCUCUUCUGGAUUAUAGAAGAUCCGUGGAGAUAGCGAUGGAGAAGUAUAAGGCCGUGGAGAAAGCAUCUAAAGAGAAAGCAUAUUCCAACAUAAGUCUGAAAAAGUCUGAAACUCUGGAUCCACAAGAAAGAGAAAGAAGAGAUAUAUCGGAGUAUUUAUCUCAAAUGAUCGAUGAAUUAGAAAGGCAAUACGAUUUACUACAAGUAGAAAUUGACAAGUUAUUGCUUCUCAAUAAAAAGAAGAAAACUUUCUCUGCGUCAAAUGACGAGAAAAAGGAACAAUUUAAGCAUUUCCAAUCGAGGCAUAGGUGGCAUCAGCAACAGAUGGAACUCGCCUUGAGGCUUCUAGCCAAUGAAGAAUUAGAUCCUCAGGAUGUUAAAAAUGUGCAGGAUGAUAUAAAUUAUUUUGUGGAGUCCAAUCAAGAUGCUGAUUUCGUAGAGGAUGAAACUAUUUAUGAUGCUUUGGACUUACAAAGUAAUGAGGCCAUUGCCCAUGAGGUAGCUCAAUAUUUUGCCUCACAAAAGGCAGAAGACAACAAUACGUCUGAUGCUAAUGACUCUCUACAGGAUGCAUCGAGACUUUCUAAAAAGGAACAACGAAAAUUGGAAAGGGAAGCUAAAAAAGCUGCCAAACUAGCGUCAAAGAGUACAACAGACACAACAGCCACUAUAGGCUCGACAAUAAGCGUACCUGAUCUUUCUUCUACACCAUCACCCGUCACACCUGUCGCAAAUAUAUCUAGGGAAACCGAAAGGAGCCCUUCUGCUUCACCUAUUCAAAGUGUGUCAAAACCUGAGGAACCAAUGAAAACCUUUUCUAUAAAGAGCCCCAAGGCUAGCACUGAAAAUAUACUUCAGUCGCUGCAAAAAUCACCAAGCUCGACGACGCCUGAAACCCCGACAAAUGUACAUACACAUAUCCAUCAAACUCCAAAUGGUAUUACUGGUGCCACUACUUUAAAACCCGCCACUCUUCCAGUAAAACCUGUUGGUGAACUAAAAUGGGCCGUCGCUGCGUCGCAAGCGAUAGAAAAGGAUAGAAAGGUCACAUCUGCAUCGUCCACCAUUUCCAAUACUUCGACGAAGACUCCGACAACGGCCGUUGCCACCACAACGCCAUCCAAUGCCAACAGUAGAAUAAGCAGUGCUUUAAAUACACCCAAACUAAACACUCCAUCAUUAUCUUUACAGCCUGAGAAUAACGGCGCAUCGUCAUCAUCAGCUGCUAAUGCGGCCGCCGUCUUGGCUGCAGGAGCCGCUGCUGUGAAUCACAAUAACCAAGCCUUUUACAGAAAUAUGAACUCCUCUCAUCAUCCUCUAGUYUCUUUGGCUACAACUACAAAGACGGAGCAUGUCUCCACCGUUUCAGGAACGCCAUUCAAUGAAGGUGCGUUUGAAAGUGCUACUAAACCAGUUGCAGAACAACAGGAGGAAACCGAAUCGACAGAGGAAAGCCAACUGCAGGUUCCAACUUUUGGGGUAUUUGAAGACGACUUCGAAUCUGAUAGAGAUUUAGAAACCGAAUCAGAGGACGAGGAGCAAUCAAACACAUCAAUACAUCUAAGUUCGGAACAGAAAGAGGUUAGAACAAACGAAAUUAAAAAUGAAUUUGUUAGUGACUUUGAGACUCUACUGCUACCAAGUGGUGUACAAGAAUUCAUAAUGAGUUCAGAACUCUAUAACAGCCAGAUUGAGUCCAAAAUAACGUACAAGAGAUCUCGUGAUAUGUGCGAAAUUUCUAGACUAGUCGAAGUACCGCAAGGCGUCAACCCACCAUCCCCCCUGGAUGCGUUCAGAUCCACUCAACAAUGGGAUGUGAUGCGUUGUUCAUUGCGCGACGUAAUAAUAGAUUCAGAAACGCAGAAAGAGAGUUCAUCAUCGGUCUAUGACAGAAUCUUAGAAAACUUCAGAACUUUAGAGAUGUUCACACUAUUCUACAAUUACUAUUUUUCUAUAACUCCUUUAGAAAGAGAGAUUGCAUUUAAAAUUCUAAACGAGAGGGAUUGGAAAGUUUCAAAGGAUGGUGCUAUGUGGUUUUUAAGGCAAGGUGAGAUCAAAUUUUUUAAUGAAAUCUGUGAAGUUGGUGAUUAUAAAAUUUUCAAACUGGAUGAUUGGACAGUAAUUGAUAAAGUUAAUUUCAGAUUAGACUACUCAUUUUUACAACCACCCGUCGAUGCAGUACCUGAGGCUGGCGAUAUUGAUGUUGACAAUAACGAUGUUAACGAUCAAAGUAAUGUAACUUUAGAACAACAAAAACAACAAAUUUCUCAUGGUAAGCAACUCUUGAAUCAAUUGAGACAAGGUAAGAAUAAUGUAUGA